AUGAGUGAAAUUCCGAAUACCGAGAUUAACAUCCAAAGUGUUUGGUACAAUGAAAUUCAAGGUAAUGCUGUAACAAUUUCGACCCAAGGAAGUGCUAAAAACGUUCAAGAUUCUAUGGGAAAAGGACUCGAUGAUAACAAGAAAAAGCGAAAUAAGGAAGAUGCUAAGGAAAAAGAAGAUCAAUCUAUUUUUUUGGUAGGCUCUAAUUCAUCCCAUUUGCAAAAACAAAUUGACAUAACACCUAAGAGGAAAUUAGAUGAUGUUGAGGAAGAUGAUGACAUCUACGACAAUUUUGAAAUUGUUAUCAGCGAUAUUAUCCUCAUUGUGAGAAAAACAGAUGUUCGCGUAAAAAUGGAAGAGUGGCUCUGUUGCGCUACAACAUUAAUUGAUACCAUUAGUUCAUCGGCAACAAACGCACGGUGUCUUUUUGAAGAUAUUUGGGAUACUAUGGUUAUUGCUAUGGAAGAGGUGACUUCGAUUUCAAUAACAAAAGAUGAUAAAAUAAAAAAUUGUGCCAAAGAAUCUUCAUGGAUGUGGGGUGAAACGGCAUUGAAGUGUUCGUCAAUCCUUUUAAACAAGUCUCAACGAGAUGAUGAUCGCCGUAGUCCCAGCAGUAAGAUCGAUACUAUAAUUAAGUUGAUGGAAUUGAACCUUGAAUUUUCUGUCGUGGAGAACAAGAUAUUAUGGGGAUUUCCAAGAAUUUCGCAAGAUUAA